UUGAAGAUGAAACUGAUACUAGUUUCAAUACUAGUACAGAUAAGAAUACAGAUGGUUAUAUUUCUGAUGAAUCAGAAGUAAAAAGCCAAAUUGAGUCAGAUUCAAUAUUUGAUGAUCAAGAAACUACUAAUGAAUUGAAUUCAAUAUUUAAUGACCAAGAAAUUACUAAUAAAUCUGAUUCAAUAUUUAAAGACCAAAAGGCCACGCCACUAAUGAAUCUGAUUCUAUGGGAUAUGAAAGAAUCAGAAGUAAUUUUUACUUUAUAUGAAUCCUUUAUAUUGCCCAACAAAGAACAA